AUGACUGCAAUAAUUCAAGGGACUACCGAUAAAAGAGUCGUCAUAUCUGGUAUUGAUCUCACCGAAUACAUUCGAACUAGUAAACAAACUAGUUUAUUCUGUACGCCUAUGGGCCGCUUCCUAGAAGGCUCAGGGAUCGGUCGAUUGGAAAAACUCAUUGUCCCUUCAACCCCCCUCGAUAACAUAGGAGGAAAAAGGAAUACUACAAAAAGGAUUUCCGAAGGUUCCAUGGUUGCAGAGAUGUCUCAAAGCAUCCACGGUGCGCGCGGUGAAUGA